AGGCAGCCCAUCCCUCUCUUCUCUCUCUCUCUCUCUCUCUCUUUCGCGUUUUGGUGUCGAUUUCGAGAUAUGGAGCCCAUGGACAUCGUGGGAAAGUCAAAAGAGGAUGUUUCGCUUCCUAAAGCUACUAUGUUUAAGAUCAUCAAGGAGAUGUUGCCACCAGAUGUCCGUGUAGCUAGAGAUGCCCAGGACCUUCUUGUUGAGUGCUGUGUAGAAUUCAUCAACCUUAUUUCGUCAGAGUCAAAUGAAGUAUGUAGCCGAGAAGAAAAAAGGACAAUUGCCCCUGAGCAUGUUCUUAAGGCUUUGGAGGUUCUAGGCUUUGGAGAGUACAUCGAAGAGGUUUAUGCAGCCUAUGAACAACACAAGCUUGACACUCUGGAUUCACCCAAGGGUGUGAAGUUUAGUGGCGCUGACAUGACAGAAGAAGAAGCAGUGGCAGAGCAGCAGAGGAUGUUUGCUGAGGCUCGAGCUAGAAUGAAUAAUGGAGUUAGUAAUACACAGCAACAACAGAAACGAUCAGACUCUGAUCCCAGUUAAGAGAGUUAAAUUUACUGUUGGUGUCGUGUAUAGGUAUUGUAGACAUGCAUUGAGAUCACAUCAACUAAGUAUCUCUGUAUGUGAUGUGCUUAUGGGAUUGCUUUUGUGUAAAAAGAACAAGCCGGUGUUUCCUGUUCUAUUUAAUAAACUUUUAACGAGUAAUUGAAGCACUGGUGCAUACCCCUUUUUCUCUUUGA